UUCACUUCCGGAAGACGUUGGGAAAGAUGGCGGACGAGUCAAACAAGUCCCAAACGGAGAUAACUUUGAAUCCUGUAUCAAGACAUGAGCCUCCCAGUCCAGGAAGGAUGGAGCUGUGGGUGAGGAGGGCCAGCACGAGUUCAUCUGAGGAUGGAGAGGGCCUACGUAACACUGAAGCAGGUAGACACGAAGGUCGUCCUGUUUCAGACCAGCCUGAAGGAGCUGGUUCCAGAGAUGGCGGUGCACGAGCAGGCAGCCCAAUCAAGAGGACAUCAUCCAAAUCGAGCUGCUCUGACACGGACAGUAGUGAAGACAACAGUGUUGAUGGUGUUGUGCGCAAGAUUAGGAGUAGUGUCGCACAUAUCAGGCGUGCCUCUGAUGACAAGAGCAAAAAUAGACAAAGAAGCUCCUCACUUGAUAGGGAUGAAACUCAGAGGUCACCGUCAAGAUCUCGCUCCAGAUCCCGUUCUCCACCUGAUCGCUAUGGAAGGGGUCGUAGGUCCAGGGAGCGUGAGCGAGACCGAGGCCGCUAUGGCAAUCAGGAUCAUUAUGAGCGGCGCAACAGCAGAGAGAGGGAUUGGGAACAUAGGAGGAGGGGAAGGUCAGCCUCCCCAGCCAAGAAUGAUAAACCUCUUGAUGAGCCUCCGGUGAAGAAGAGGAAGGAAGGGUUGGACCCCAUCCUGACCCGCACUGGUGGUGCAUAUAUCCCACCUGCCAAACUGCGUAUGAUGCAGGCGCAGAUCACUGAUAAGAGCAGUUUGGAGUAUCAGAGAAUGAGCUGGGAAGCUCUCAAGAAGUCCAUCAAUGGCCUGAUCAACAAAGUGAACGUUUCCAACAUUGCCAACAUUAUUCAAGAGCUGCUGCAAGAGAAUAUUGUGAGGGGCAGGGGUCUUCUGGCCAGGUCUACACUUCAGGCCCAAGCUGCUUCUCCCACUUUCACCCAUGUGUAUGCGGCUGUGGUGGCCAUCAUCAACUCCAAGUUUCCUCAGAUUGGAGAACUUAUGCUCAAGAGGCUAGUUCUCAAUUUCCGGAAAGGUUACAGGAGGAAUGAUAAACAACAAUGUCUCACGGCAUCAAAGUUUGUGGCUCAUCUUAUCAACCAGAACGUGGCCCAUGAAGUCCUGUGCUUGGAGAUGUUAACCCUGCUGUUGGAAAGACCCACUGAUGACAGUGUAGAGGUUGCCAUCAGCUUUCUAAAAGAGUGUGGUCUUAAGCUGUCAGAGGUGUCCCCCCGAGGCAUAAAUGCCAUCUUCGAGCGCCUGAGGAACGUCUUGCACGAGUCAGAGAUUGAUAAGCGUGUGCAGUACAUGAUUGAAGUGAUGUUUGCGAUCAGAAAGGAUGGGUUUAAGGACCACCCCAUCAUCCCUGAAGGACUUGACCUGGUGGAGGAGGAGGACCAGUUCACACACAUGCUUCCUCUAGAAGACGAUUAUAAUACUGAGGAUAUCUUAAAUGUCUUCAAGUUGGAUCCCAACUUCCUGGAGAACGAAGAGAAGUACAAAGCAAUUAAACGGGAAAUUUUGGACGAAGGAAGCAGCGAUUCUGGUGAUGAUGCAGAUGGCAGUGGAGAUGAUGAAGAUGAUGAUGACGAAGAGGAGGUAGCUGGAGAAGAACAAGAGAAAGUCACCAUAUUCGACCAGACAGAGGUGAACCUGGUCGCAUUCCGACGAACGAUUUACCUCGCCAUCCAGUCAAGCUUGGACUUCGAAGAAUGCGCCCACAAGUUGAUAAAAAUGGAUUUCCCCGAUAGCCAAACGAAAGAGCUGUGCAAUAUGAUUCUGGACUGUUGUGCCCAGCAAAGAACGUACGAGAAGUUCUUUGGCCUCCUGGCUGGGAGGUUCUGCCUGUUGAAGAAAGAUUAUAUGGAGAGUUUUGAGGGCAUCUUCCAGGAGCAGUAUGAGACCAUCCACCGUCUCGAAACCAACAAACUGCGAAAUGUUGCCCGAAUGUUUGCUCAUCUCCUCUACACAGACUCCGUUCCAUGGAGUGUCCUUGAAUGUGUAAGAAUGAGCGAAGACACGACGACAUCUUCCAGUCGAAUCUUUGUGAAGAUUUUGUUCCAAGAGCUUUGUGCUUAUAUGGGUUUGCCUAAACUGAACGAGAGACUAAAGGACAUAACUUUACAGCCAUUCUUCGAGGGUCUGUUCCCACGUGACAACCCAAGAAACACAAGAUUUGCCAUUAAUUUCUUCACAUCUAUUGGUCUUGGAGGACUUACGGAUGAGCUUCGAGAACAUCUGAAGAAUGCUCCUAAGAUGAUCAUGACCCAGAAACUGGAUGUGGAGUCAUCUGAUUCGUCCUCAUCUUCCUCAGACUCUUCCUCAUCCUCAGAUUCCUCGUCUGACAGUGGCAGCAGCGAUUCUGAUUCGUCCAGUGACUCUGAUUCUUCCUCCAGCAGUGGCAGCUCUUCAGACUCGAAGCACAAGAAGUUGUCAGGCAAGAAGGACAAGUACAAGGAGAAUAAGAGCUCCAGAAAGGCAGCUAACCAGAAAUCACCUCUAGACGAGCGGCCCAGCAAGAGACACGAGAAUCAGCAACAAGAUAGCAGCCUGGAGGACCGUCGCAAAUCUGACAACCACCACAGAGAUUCCCGCCGUCGGGGACAUGAGGACUCACCCCCUACUCAACAGCGUGAAGAACCAGAGCGUGGAAGAGGACAUAAGGACCAGCAGCAUUACAGGAAUGCACAGGACUAUGAGGACAGACAGAAUGACUCGUAUAGUCGUCACAGCAGUAAAAACGGCUCCCAGGUGGACAAGGACAAAGAUAGACGGCGUAGUAGAGAGAAGGAACCUCUGCGGAGAAGCAGAGAGAGGUCAAAGUCACAAGAGCGGAGCCGCAAGGACAUCGACUUCAGGGACUCGUACAGAAAAGGCAUGGAGAGGGUGGACAAAGAGAACAGAAAUUCUGACAGAUAUAGAGAGUCUAGGAGAAAAGAGGAGAGAAGCAGGGAUAGUUCACCUAGGAGACAUAGAUAGCCUUCUUGAAGAAGAAGAUAUAAAAAUCAUGAUAGUCAUGGUGUUGUCCCAACUUUGAACCUUGUUUGUUCACUGUGGCUCUCACUUGUGUGCUUUUGCUUAGCCUCAAAUUUGCUGUACGGUAAAGCAUAAUGAAAAUUUUAACAUUCGUUGAAAGUACAAAUGUAGGAGUGUACCAUGCACACAUGAUUCUGUGUAAGGAGAUCCUGAAAGGAUUUCAGGGGUUAAAAUGAGCUUGGCUCAUCUUGUGGUGGACGUUUUGUAUUUUUAUGUAUCUUUCGCCCAAUUGCAUUUUUUGGUGGUUGUUAAAAAUAAUUGGGGGAAAAAACAAGAUUAAAGCUGACAUUUGCUAUAAAUUCACAAGGUUGAUUGUGUUCA